GUCAGUUUGUCAGCUCAGCUCGGUGCGUUCGGUCGGGGUUUUUUUUCGGUCAUCGGAGCGUCGCAUCGAAUAACGAGUGCAGUGCUGCGUUAGUUUUUCUGCCACACCAGCCACACCAGUGGCAGCAUAAAACACUGAAGUCAAAGUGUCGCGAGUGUUGUUGCUGUUUGUGAGUUUGUGUGUUUGUGUGUGUGUGCGCGAGAGAAAGUUUGUGACGUGCUACAGUGGUAUCCGGGGGGGAGGUGUUGCUUCGGUGGGUGAAAGUAGUCAGCGGUACGGCACGCCGUGCUCGACGUGCUAACGACGAUAAUAUACGAUUGUAAGCUCCCGGUGACAGGACCGUACCACACGGUCAGCAGUUUUCUUGGGCGGGUGUUCUCCGCACGCCGGGCAACAGGCACGUACACCAUCCCGGUUGCCACGGAGCGAACGGCAACGACCAGCAAACGGAACGGAAAGCGAAGAAAAACUUUCCAGGCAGCAGGCGGUGCGGUUUGUUCCGCGCUUGUCUUUCGGUUUUGCCGACCACGCUCGCUCGCCGGAGCGAACGCCGCCAGUUCGUUCAAGGAACCGAACACCGAACCGAAUUUUUCCGAACAAAACAAUCACAUUUUGCCGCUUAGGUUCCACCGAUGAGCCGGUUCGGUACCAGCGCCCGAUAGCAAGUGCAUCACGCACAUCGAUUCCGUUGUACGGAACGCCCCUCGAAUGGCAGACGCUAGCGGACCUUACACCUUACAGUCGUAGUCGUAGCCGGGCGGCCGUUCGCGCACUCCCACCCCACCCAGCGAUGGAUUUCCAUAAAGCACCACCGCCCCGGCCCCCGAGCCUGGCGACAGCCCUCUCCAAGGCGAACGAUGUGUACGAUUAUAUAUUCAUCGACAGCGGCAGUCCCGAUUCGUACCUGAGUGCGGACGUCGGCAGCAUCGGUAAUGAGACGUUCUUCAACGAGUCCGCAAGCGCGUUCGCCAACACCACCGACCUCGGGCCAGUUCCGGCCAGCAUCAACGGUACCGCCGACGAGCCGCUCGCCGACGUGAUCGUGAUGGCGAUCACCUCGCUCGUCCUCGGGCUGAUGAUUUUAGUCACCGUGAUAGGAAACGUUUUCGUAAUAGCCGCCAUCAUUUUAGAGCGUAAUUUACAAAAUGUAGCUAAUUAUCUGGUCGCAUCGUUGGCCGUCGCCGAUCUGUUCGUGGCGUGUCUGGUGAUGCCGCUCGGUGCCGUGUACGAGAUAAGCCGUGGUUGGAUCCUUGGCCCGGAGCUGUGUGAUAUAUGGACGUCGUGCGAUGUGCUCUGUUGCACGGCGUCCAUACUACAUCUAGUUGCCAUCGCGACCGACAGGUACUGGGCGGUGACUAACAUCGACUACAUACACUCGCGAACUAGCCGGCGUGUCUUUACGAUGAUCUUUCUCGUUUGGUUCGCGUCCGUGAUCGUCUCGCUGGCGCCCCAGUUCGGCUGGAAGGAUCCAGAGUACCUACAACGAAUAGAGCAGCAAAAGUGCAUGGUUUCGCAGAACAUUGCGUACCAGGUGUUCGCCACGUGCUGUACGUUUUACGUUCCUCUCUUUGUUAUCCUAGUGCUGUAUUGGAAAAUCUAUCAAACCGCCAGGCGGCGGAUACACCGACGAGGGCCCAAAAUACCGGCUACCCCGAACAGUAGCAAUCAGGAGGAAACACCAAAACCAAAGUCGAAGAUACGCUUUCACCUGAAGAAAAAGUUCACCAAUCCCACCAAGUCGGCCGUUUCGUCGCUCGGCCUGGUAGAGGGCAACUCGACCAACACGGUCAACACGGUCGAGGACACGGAGGACAGCACCGCCAAUGCCGCCGACCGGAAGGGCCUAGAGACGACGUUCAGCGGGGACGAGGGCAACGGGACGCCGCUGGGCAACAAUCAAAUACCGACGGUGUCGUACGAGGUCACGCACCAGCAGCUGGCGCAGGCUGCCGGCUGCUCGGAAUCGAACAAUAACAACAACCCGGGACGGCCGGGGUCGGCCGGCAAAACCAGCCCGAGCGGUAACGGUGGCACCCUGCCCGGCUCCACCUACCCGGUGCCGCCCGUGCACGCCUCCUCGCCACUGCUGCCACCCCAGCACCAGCACCACAACGCGGCGACGACGGCAAAGCAACCGGCCGGCACACCCACGGCCCACCUCACGCCCGGCAGCGCGGGCAGCGGGCUGCAGGGGGCGGGCGGUGGCUCCACCCUCAACAUCGCCAGCACGCCGAACCCGCAGGCCCAGGUCUCGAAGCGCAAGGAAACGCUCGAGGCCAAGCGGGAACGGAAGGCGGCCAAAACGCUGGCCAUCAUCACCGGCGCGUUCGUCGUCUGCUGGUUGCCGUUCUUUCUGACCGCGCUGCUGCUGCCGCUGUGCGAGAGCUGCUCGAUCAACGACACGGUCGCGUCGCUGUUCCUCUGGCUCGGCUACUUCAACUCCACGCUCAACCCGGUGAUCUACACCAUCUUCAGCCCCGAGUUCCGGCAGGCGUUCAAGCGCAUCCUGUUCGGCACCCACCGGUCCGCCAACUAUCGGCGGGGCAAGCUAUAAAGCCGCUGGCGAGCUGGCGACGAGCGGGCGGAGCAGGAGCGAACGCAAGGCCCGGGCACCCAAAACCGAUGCGGAGGACGGAAGUGAAGCCCAGCCCCACCUCCCGAUUGUUCAUCGGUCGGUUAAUCGUGCCGAUCAAGGCGUGCCCGGGGCGAACAAAAGCGUUGCUUGUGUAAUUUUCGCCCACGACAAAUAAUCAAACGGAAAUCGUCGUCGUCGUCGUCGUCGUCCGUAGCCGUCUUGGGAGCGUUGCCAAGGAAAGUGCCGGGAAUCUGCCAAACGGAAGCACAGGCACUGCCACGGAAUGGUCGUGAAAGAGAACAGGUAGUAAUGAUGAUGUAAGGAUGUCGUCGUCUUACACACACCAAAAAAAAAAUAAUUCGGAUCGGCGCCUCCGUGAAGAGCGACAAAUUGUGCCGGGACGCGCGCAAGGUGUGCCAAAAAGGUAAAAUUGUAGUGUGCAAAAUGGCAUACAAAAAAAAAAAACCCACGAAAAGAAGGUCGUAUUUUUGUAGAUUCUUUGUUUUCUUUUCUUUUUGAUUUCGGUCUCGGUCCUCCCUGUCCCCGAGUUUAUCUUUAUUUGUUGCCUCCAGGGGGAGGGCGUCGGGAUGAGAUUUUCUUGUCCACGGCUACGCGGAUUUAUGUAUCCGCGGUGUGUACGCACAUAACUCAAUUAAUGUCCUGCAUGUCCUGUACCAGCAAAUGGUGUUUUAUGUACAUACAUGUAUAUGGCUACGUGUGUGUGUGUAUGUUUGAGUUUAACAAAACCACAAAAAACACACACACGUCCGCACGAAUGGAAGUAAAAACUCACGCCUCGUCGCCACACGAGAUGACACACACACACAAGAAGCAAAAGAAACCCCUCACGAAUGUACAAUUUAUGAAGAUGUGCUUCCGGGCACAAAACACCGGGACGAGAAGCAGCAUUGCACAGCGAGCGGCAAAGCGGUCGUUCCAUUUUUGCCCGAAGUGCAUUCCACUUCCUGGUGGAUGAUAUUGUGUGCGCGCUUUUUGCCCCCCGACAGGAUACGCACCGUACUCGUCACAGAGGGAGGGAGAGAGAAAGAGAGAAGCAAACAAAAAAGAAAGAAACCUGCUCGUAAUCCUCAGCAAACGGCCCUUCGCCGUCUCAAACCCAACCGUACUGAGCUCCACGGUAGAGACGGCGAAGGGCCACAGCGGACGGACGCACCAGGUAGAGAAGAAUAAAAUAAGUACGCGCCGUAUCCUGUGAGCAAUAGCGUCGCACUCGUCUCGUGGUCUCAUCGCGCCAUUAUCCUAUGCCCGCCCAGCGAGCAGCAUCCCGGUGCUUCACCACCGCACACUUACGCACCAUCAUCAUCAUCAUUUUGAGCGGCCAUUCCAUCCGCUCCGAGCUUUUCAGCCUGUCCGCCAUUCCGGAAGCUUUUUCCCCAUUCAGCCACCUUUUCUAUGCGCUACCCCAUUAUUGGCAUUAUUGUCACACUUUGCGCUUUAAAGCGCGCCUCUCCGCGGUGGCACUGGUGGUGGGGAAGGUGUGUGUAAGUGAUCUCCGAAGGAUGGACUUUCUUUUUUUUUUGUGCGUUGUACAAACACUCGCUCGGGCGACUCGAGCAUGUCCCGCUUUUGAGUAAAGAUUCAAUUUUAAAGCACCCCCGGUGUGCGGGGAUGGAAACGCACCGCACGGCUAGGAUACAGGUGAACGUGUUUUUGAUCCUCAGGGAGUUUCCCUCGUUGUCCAACCGCCAACCGAACCACCCUCACCGGAUCGAUGCGAACGAUUAUGACUUCCUUGUUGGCAUUGUGUACGGGCUUUUCUGCCACGGGGAAAGCAAUAAGCAUUUUGUGGUUUAAUAUUUAGUUGUUAAGCUAGAAAAAAAGAAAACACACAAAUCACAAAACAGUGAUUCUGUGGUGAGCUGAUGUUGUUUUUUUUAUAUUGAGUUUAGAUAUUUGAGUUCACAUAAUCCAUGCAAAUAUGUCUAUUUUAUGCAUUUGAGACAUUUUUUAAGUGAUCAAUAACGAUUUAUUACACCUUAUUGCAUACCUUUAGGCGCUUAGCAAUAUUUCAAAAGGAUAUUUGUUCCAUGCAACAAAAUGUCUCGCUUAAGCUAGUUUUUUAUCAGUUUUUAAAUCAACUUUAUAAUUAAAAUGCUAUUGAACUACAUUGCAUAACCAAAGGCGCUUAAUAAUAACCAAGGGACUAGGGGAAUACUUAGCAAAGACACCAAAAGCCUAUUUUAUGAUUGUCAUUUUUUAUCCUAUUAAUUUAUUUACAAACCCCAUGUUAAAUACCUUGAAACGCAUAAAAGCAUCCAAAUAAGAAAAAUUACAUUUUCGAUUAAAAAAGACAAUUCAAAAAAACAUGCCUUUGCAUACCUUUCGGCGCUU